GUGCCCAGCGCUCAUGAAUGCGCGAGAUCCGCGAGAACGCGCGCCGCCGAACCAGCCCAUCGACCAGCAUUCGCCAGCGUCAGCAGCCGGGAUCUCGCCAGGGAGCCGCCGACGCGACCGCGCCGCCAAAAUGGCCGCUACCGCUCGCCCCACCCAGAAGACCGCGCAGCAGCGGCCGAAGACGCCGCCUGCGCCAGCGUCGUCGGUGACGCCGAAGGCCCCCUCGGCGACCACGCUCAGCGCCAUGGAGGCGCUCGUGCCCGACGUGAUCCCCAAGAUCGCCAAGCAGGUGGUCACCGUCACCUUCAAGCGGGGCGUGGAGGUUCGCAUGGGGAACAAGCUCACCUGCGACCAGACGUGCAAGGCGCCCGAAAGCAUCUCGUUCCAGGGGCCCGCGAGCGCCUUCUACACUGUGAUGAUGAUCGACCCGGACGCGCCGAACUCACUGUCCCCGCGGCUGCGGCACUGGCGCCACUGGCUCGUCAUGAACGUGCCCAACAGCUGCGACCUCAAGGCCGGAGACACGGUCACCGAGUACGAAGGACCCAGCCCCCCCAAGGGAUCGGGACUGCACCGGUACGUGCUUCUCGUCUACUCUCAGGGGACCAACCGCAUCAGCGAGAGGGACGCCUCCGUGCCAGAGGCCCGUGGAAUGUUCAACCUGGGUCGCUUCGUGACCGACAACAAGCUCGGAGACCCGCUGGCCGUCAACUACUUCGUGUGCGAGAGGACUUCGCCGCCGUCGACCCCUCCGUCGUAAGCAGCGGCCGGUCGGUGCUGGCUCUGUCUCGUCGCCUCGGCUUGCCCCGCGUCGUACGCGAGACGAAAGAAGCUGGCUACACCUGGCGACGUGUCCGCCUGGGACACGUGAAGGCGAAUACGGCGUAAACAAUAAAUUUCGGCCACUUGAGUGCGUGCAGGGCGGAGAAAUUAGGCAGUUUUUUUCUUCGGGUGAAAGGCGAUGGACGUCUGCGUGGUAACCGAGGGCGCUGGCUUGGCGGAAAGCAAAUGAAGUUGGGGACCUUUUCCAGAUGAGAUGUUUCGAACGAGUGCCAUUGGUCCUGUAUGGGAGUGACAAGUUCGUCGGUGUGUGGUCUUCGGCGUCGCGCGGAACGUCGCGCACAACGUUUGGCAAGAAAAAGCCGAGCUUCUCGCGCAGCCCGUGGGACCACAUGGCUCUAAAUUAAGAAUAAAUAUUCGCGGGCUAAGGAAAGGC